UUUUUUGGUUUCAGAUGAUGUUUAUUCUUUCCAGUUCAUUCUAUAAUGCUUUUUUUUUUAAUACAGCCUGCUCUUUCAGCUUUUUGAAUUUAAGCUUAUUAAAAGUUUAGUAGUAGUUACAGCACAAAGGAUUAUUUUAGUCAGUCAAGAAGUUUAGACAAGAAAAGCCUGUUUCUUAAUGUAUUGUUAUUAUUCACAAUUCAGUACAUUUACGCAAAAUGGGCCGCUUUUUAGGCUUCUUUAGAAUGACAAUCAAAGAAGAAGUUAAAUUUCCAAAUACAAAAUUGGCUGAUUUGCAAUUCGACCAAUGUACUGAACUUGAUCCUUCUCUUACUAACUGUGGUAAAUUCGCUGACUUUUCAACCAAGAACAUCAAUAAUCCGAUCAAACUAUGCGACAAACUGGAAGAUGCAGUUAAGGUCAUGAACAAUGAAGAUAGUUCUAGUGUUCUUUACGACUUUGUAAAGAAUCAAGAAGAUUUUAAUUUGGAGUCUUUCCUGAGCACACAUUCCAAUUUCUUUGAUCGUGCUGCUUUUGAAUCUAUUGAUCAGUUCAAAAGUAGCGUUUUAAGUGCCUGCGAGAACGCUUUGAGAAAGUACCGUCCUGACCUCAGCAAAAAGGACGCUCUUAACUGUUGCAGUGUUGAAGACCGGACCUGGAACAGAGUAUUUGAAGAUGGUGAAAUCCAGGCCGAUGAAUUUGAAGGUUUGCAAGUCAAUGAAUUCACUUAA